AGGUCAGUGAGUGAAAAAUAAUGUACUGAAUAACUGUUUUGGUAGGCCCUUUUAACUGCAAAGAUGAGUGUCAACUUUGUCGAUUAUUUCGCCAACGAGCACAAUGGAUACGAUAUCUUAUAUCAAAACAUGAAAUACGGACUCAUUGCCAGCAAAGAGCUCUCAGAGUACCUUAGGGAAAGGUCGAAUAUAGAAGAGACCAAUUCGAAAUCUUUAGCUAAACUAGCGAAACAAGCGAAUAGUAAUUGCGCGCAAGGCACGUUCGCUCCAUUUUGGGGCGUAUUAAAAUGUUCUGCCGAGAAACUGUCCAAUCUACACCAGCACAUGUUUCAGAAACUGAGUGAACUUGUCAAAGAUGUUGCCAGGUAUGCUGAGGAGCUUCAUAAGAAGCACAAAGCUGUUAAAGACUCUGAGUCUAACACACUAGAGGUAGUGUUACUGAUACAGAACACCAAACAAGCUUUACAGAAAGCUAAGGAUGUGUACACCAGUAAGUCAGCUGAGCUAGAGAAACUGAGGAAAGAUAAUGCAUCUGCUAAAGAUAUUGAGAAGGCUGAGGUUAAGAUUAAGAAGCUGCAUGAAGAUUACAAGCAAUUAGCUGAGAAGUACAACCUGGUGAAACAAGACUUUGAAAAGAAAAUGACCCAGACCUGCAAACACUUCCAAGAUGUUGAAGAAGCACAUCUCAAACAAAUGAAACAGUUUGUCAACUCAUACGCAGAUAUUAUUCAGAACAAUCAUGAUAUGAUGGGACAAGUGCAUCGGGAUUUCAAACACCAAUGCUUGGAAUUAACUGCUGAAAAACUGCUUGAGCAGUUCCUUAUUGAGAAAUAUAAUGCAAUAGAGAAGGCAGUUUUAGUUGAACUACCUCUUUCAUUACCUAAGCCUGGAUCAGCUAACAACUCUAUAUCAGAGGCUGACCAGAUAUCAACUGUCUCAAAUGGGUCACACAAACCUGCACAACCAGCUAAGGCACCAAAGAAGGAGCCAUCAUUUGCAAGUAAGACUUCAAGGAGAACUACCUCACUUUUGAAUUUGUUUACCCCAAAUUUCCAAAGUAAGGAGGAGCCUAGUGGAAGUAUCGAGGGUGCGGCGCCAUGUUCUGCACCAUCCAGCCCCAGUGGUACACCAGCCACCCCAGUAGCACCUGACAAAGAUGACAACAUGGGCAGAACUACACUCAGAGAAUCUAAAUGGUUCUUGCGUAGUAGAAGAACUAAACCUAAACUGAAAAAACCAAAAAAGAAGAAGGAUGAAAUUUCAGAAAACUCAAAUACUGGUGAAAAGUCUGAUUUAGAAGAGAAAGAGGAAGAGGUACCAACAAAAGACGAUUUCAUGAAUUCCCCAGAAGUUGAUGAAGAAGGUUACUGUAUUAGACCCAAAGAUGAAAAAGGUAGUGUGUACUCCUCUACAGAUUCAGACUCAGAAGAGGAGAGGGAACAGAAGAUCCAUGUAGAAAUUAAACCCAUAAGUAAUGGUUGCAAUCCAAUAUCAGCUAGUGUAGAUGAGCUUAGAGCUACAGUCGAAAAUAUAUCUCUGUACAAAAUUGGCACAAACAGGCGCGGGUCUAACGCAAACACUAGCAAAGCAAGCAGUGAUCUAUUAGACCUGAACUUCUUUCAAAGUCCGACAGUCAGCAACCCUGCGUCGCCACAUGGCAAUGUUUCCAAUCCCUAUGCACCUUUGCAAGGUAAUCAAUCACAUUUACUUGAAAGCCCUACUCCUGUUUCUAAUGCUGAAGUUGGCGAUCUUUUUUCGGAAGUAGGAGAAAUGGGCCAAACAAACAUCCGAACUUCCACUCCUACGAUGUCAUCCAUCUCGCUCCCUCGUCCACCUUCGCGACGGUCUGAAGGUGACUUCCGCACCGCCGGCUCCUCGGGGUCACGCGGGCCUUCACCGCUUACUAUCGGUAUGGCGGAUACUAUACCAUUGGCUGUCGCUUUCCAUGAGAUUAUCCAUUCCUAUUUCCGUGGCACGGAAGAAUCAAAGUGCCAAGUCAAAAUGUCAGGAGAUAUGAUGCUCUCCUUUCCCACUGGCAUCGUGGGCGUCUUGGCUAACAAUCCGAACCCAGCUAAAUUAUGUUUUAGACUGAAAAACAUUCAUAGAUUGGACAAUGUGCUACCCAACAAACAAUUGAUUAGUAUUAACGCGAUGAUGUCGACUCGUGACAACACAGUGGUUGAGUUUAACAUGCCAGCUUUAACGUCACUGCUGAAACGGCAGUCUGAAAAGAAUCCUACAGCGCAGUACUUCAACGUAGAUAUACUUAAAUACCAAGUCCGACCUAAAGCGGGCGCUGCAUCCUGUCCACUUCAAAUGGUAUCUUAUUGGAAAUGUGAACAAGAUCAUACUGACUUAAAAGUCGAUUAUAAAUAUAAUUUGCACGCAAUGAGUCCGCCUUCUCCUCUGCUGAACGUAUCUGUGUGCGUGCCUAUGAAUGGGGGAGUUAAGAACGUGAUUGCAAUGCCGAAAACCGCAUGGAGUGGAGAAACUGAGCAAGCGAUGUGGCGCUUCACUGAGCUGUCGCAGCAUUCGGAGGACAGAGGCGUAGGCUCGCUGAAGGCGCGCUUCGAGCUGGGCAACGGCCCGUCUAGCAAAGCAACGAUUUCGGCGCAAUUCAAUUGCGAGGGCGCGACCCUCUCCGGCAUUGAGUUUGAACUAAUAGGCAGCGGCUACCGACUGUCCCUCGUAAAGCGACGGUUCGUCUCUGGCAAAUACAUUUGUGAUAGUGAUUUGAACUGAUUGGUCCAAAACACUUAUGAAUACACAUGUUUGUAUAUAGAUCUUGUUGUCGUAUAUUCGGAGCGUGUAUAUGGGAUGUGUAGGUUUCUGUACUACAUGUUUCUUGUGUGUAUAUGUUUUGGUACCUUAUAGGACUGUUUCCUGUCCACAAAAAAUAAUUUACAAUAAUGUAUCACAACAUUGUUUGUCAAUUUUCGAGUUAAAUUGUUAGUUGUUAAUUUGGAAAUUGUAUUAAUUAAUGAUUAGGCGUAUAUAUUUCACAUCUACUAACUUAUUUUUCAGAAUAGUUAAUGUGCCAUUUUUACUAUAUUUUGUAAAUUUCCAUGUGAGAACUUGACUGUUGCACUAAUACACGAUACAAUAAAGACAAUUAUUAUGUUCACAAAACUAUUAGGUAGGUACUCAGCCUAUUUUUAUAAAGAUACAUCACAUUUUAUGCUGAUUGAUGGAAUAUACAAACUUUCUCGUCAAUCAACUUAAAGUCUUAUCAAAGAAUUAGCAAUAAUUAAUUAUCGUUUUGUUUACCUACUGCUGAGCAGACUUACUAAAUAAUUAAACCUUUCAAUUUUAUUUGGUAGUUGUAUAACCCCAGGAUAUAAAGCUUUAAAGCAAUAAUAUUAUAUCAUUAACUUGGAUGUGUUGUAUGGAAUAAUUAUCACUUGAAAUAAUAUUUUUAAUAAUUCUGAGGUCAAUGAUUAAUAUAGCAAUUUGUCUUUAGAUUAAACAAACAGCAAUUGCGUAAUUAUUAUUCAAGUUUAAAAUUAUUUUUUGUUUGUACAAUUGUGUUUUUGUAUUGCAUCUGUUUAUAUUUUUGUAAAGGCCUAAGGAAUGCAACAAUUGAAAACAAUGAGAAGGCCACAAAUCACUAUUAAAGAAUUAUUUGUUUAUAUUUUUAAUUAUAUGUGAAGUUUGACACUAACAUUUGUAAUUGGACUGAUGUAAAAUUAUAACCUUUUGCUCUAUGAAGCGUAUUCUUGAUUUUAGCAUCUGUAUUCCCAAAAACAAAGUCUUGCUUUAGAUUUCAUCGCUUUAAAAAACUCUAAUGUGUACUGUGCCUACUUACUUACUUUUUACCCGGUCUAUCUAACAUAAUUAUACUGAUGUUCCACUAUUCCAUGCAAUCCUUAAGUUACAUAUUUUUAUUUUAGUAAAUUAGUUAGUGUCAAACAUCACACAGAUAAACCAUUAUUUUCAUUAAUUAAUGUAACUAUUUUUUAAUAUAAAUAAAUAUAUUACAUUAUUAUUGCGAGUAAGGUUCAUUGAAUCUCCGUGUUGCAUAAUGUACUAUCAUUGUUUUUAUUGUAAUUUUCAACAUAUGCUAAUUAAACAUGUUGAUGUUGUAUUUUUGUAGUCAGCAUUUAGAAUUCGACCACCGGAGAGGAUUUUUGUUAUUGUGGAAAUUAUUUUUUUAUGUUUGCAAUACCAUAAUGAGGAGUAACUUAUUAAAUAAUUUUAACUCAUUUAUAUGUAAUCUCAUAUUGUAAUUUUUAUAUUUAAAUAAAAAUCAUUAAUUAUCCCAGCGGCCUAAUGUGAGUUACGAAAAUAGCUAAGUGACUAACUUUACCAAAAGUUAACGUGUUCAUAUUACGAUUUAUUAUAUUAAAGGUCAAACCAUAUAAUAAAUAGUACCUACAACUGAACCAUUCCAUUAUUACUAUUAUUGUCUCAUAAUUAAGUAUUAUUUUAUUACUAUUAAAAUAUCUAUGUAUCACAAUUUAUUCUUUUUAACAUACUAUAAAGGUGCGUAGCUAUUCGGCUGAGUUUAAAAAAAGAACGUAUUCAAAAAAUCUCUUUUUCUUUUUAUAAAAAAAAUUAGAUAAAAAAAAUUUUGCUAAAUGCGUAAUAAAAUAUUUUUGUAAUGUAAAAUUUAUCGCAUGUAUGGAUUAUGAUUAUAAUGUAACUAUGUUAAUUUGAAAUAAAAUGUAAUUUAGCAUUUAUUUA